AUGUUUAAACAGGUUCUUAGGUCACUCGCCCAUGUUCCGCGGCUGGCAAAACCCGCUGCCCGUCGUUGGUAUUCUUCAUCAACCAAGUCUGCCUCAACUACUACUUCUACCAAUUUGGCAUUGACGGUAGGUCUUACCCUUGGUGGGUCUUUGGCAGGUUACUAUUUCGCCCAAGCCUCCCAAGCUUCCAGUGGACCUCUCAAAUCGACCACCUCUCUUGCUGACCUUAAACCUUUGAAAUAUGCCGAAGGUGAGUCACUCAAGCGUGGGUUCCAGGAAAUUGAAGCUUUGAUGAAAGAUGACUUCACCCGUUCUCCAUCAGAGUUGGAAUACCACAGUGAUAGCUACUUCAACGUCCACAAAGCUAAUCCCGAUGAAAAACCAAAGUUAAUUGUCUAUCCUCAUUCCACCGAACAGGUCUCUGAAAUCAUGAAGAUUUGCAACAAGUACAAAAUCCCAAUUGUUCCAUUCUCUGGCGGUACUUCUUUAGAAGGUCAAUAUAUUUCCACCAUUCCUGGUAUUGUUAUUGAUUUCUCGAAGAUGAACCAAAUCCUUCAGUUGAAUGCCAGUGAUUUGGAUGUUUCAGUACAAGCUGGGGUUGGUUGGCAAGAGUUGGACGAAUUUUUAAAACCACAUAACUUGCUUUUUGGUCCCGAUCCUGGUCCAGGAGGAAUGAUUGGUGGGAUGAUUGGUACAUCUUGUUCGGGAACUCAAGCUUUCAGAUACGGUACCAUGAAAGAAGCGGUUUUGAACUUGACGGUGGUUUUGGCUGACGGAACAAUUUUAAAGACUAAGCAAAGAUCAAAGAAAUCUGCUGCCGGUUAUAAUUUGACGGGGUUAUUUAUUGGAUCAGAAGGGACUUUAGGAGUGGUGACCGAGGCCACUUUAAAGCUUCAUGCGAGACCUAACGUUGAAUCUGUCAUUGUGGUGAAUUUCGAAACUGUCAAGGAAGCCACGAAAACUGUUGAACAAUUAUUGAUCAAUGGCUCAUCACUUAAUGCCAUUGAAUUAUUGGAUAGUAAUAUGAUGAAAUGUAUUAAUGCUGCCGGACAAACCACUAGACAAUGGCUUAAUAAGCCAACCAUUCUUUUCAAAGUGGGUGGUUCCAAUCAAGCAAUCGUUAAUGAGAACAUCAAACUCGUGAAAAAUGUUACCAAGGAAAACAACGCGAUUAGUUUCCAGUUUGCCACUACCGAAGAAGAAAAAUUCGAACUUUGGCAAGCUCGUAAAUUAGCAUUGUUUUCGACCAUGGAUUACGGCAAGCAAGUUCUUGGUCAAGAUGCUAAAUUGUGGAUCACUGAUGUGGCGGUGCCAAUCAGCAAGCUCUCGGAGCUUAUUGCCGAUACCCGUCGUGAUCUUAAUCAAUACGAGGGCAAAGAUGGGUGUGUCUUUUCUACGUGCUUGGGUCAUGUCGGGGAUGGUAAUUUCCACUCAUGUAUUAUGUACAAACCUGAAGCUCAUGGGAUUGUUCAAGCACUCACCUCGAGAAUGGUUAACAAGGCCCUUGAAUACGAAGGAACCUGUACCGGGGAACAUGGUGUUGGUUUGGGAAAACGUCAUUAUUUAGUCAAAGAAGUCGGGGAAAAUUCCAUUGACUUGAUGAGACAAUUGAAGUUGAGUUUGGAUCCAUAUGGGUUGUUAAAUUCCGGCAAAGUUUUCAAGAUGGAUAUUAAUGAUAAACAUCCUUGA